AUUUUUUUUCUGCAUUUAUGCCCCUGUGCUCCUGACCUUAACUCUCUCUCUCUCUCUCUCUCUCUCUCUCUCUCUCUCUGAAGGAGUUUUCGAAAGCAAGCAGUUCAUCACUUCAAUCAUUGAAUCAUACGCAAAAAUCAGAAGCAGAGAAAAGCAAAAAGAGUGAAGUCUGUCUUCCCGGUAUAUAUAGAAGUGGUUAAAUUCGUUGUGGAAGCUGCUAGCAGAAGGAGGAACGUACGCCCAAACAAGAAAAGCUGUGCUUAAUUAGGGAUAUAUGAGCUUAUAGCUGGAAAUAAACUCAGAAAGAUGACAUGGUGCAAUGAGUCCAAAGAUGAGGAAGGCAUUCAAAUGAGCAAUCCCAAAACCUCUGAAACGCAAAUCAUAACUUGCCCUUCAUGCGGACAUACCCUAGAAUUUCAAGAUCAGGGUGAUAUACUGAACGAAUUGCCGGGGCUGCCAUCUGGGGUGAAGUUUGAUCCGAACGAGCAGGAGAUUUUAGAGCAUUUGGAAGCCAAGGUUGAGUGUGAUGUUCGUAAACUUCAUCCUCUUAUUGAUCAGUUCAUUCCGACUCUUGAAGGCGAAAAUGGUAUCUGUUAUACGCACCCAGAAAAGCUACCAGGAGUAAGCAAAGAUGGGCAGAUUCGCCACUUCUUCCACAGGCCAUCAAAAGCAUACACAACUGGGACAAGGAAAAGAAGAAAGGUUCACUGUACAGACGAAGAAGGAGGCGAAACAAGAUGGCACAAAACAGGCAAAACAAGACCAGUCUUCGUUAAUGGUGCACUCAAGGGUUUCAAGAAGAUACUUGUUCUUUAUACUAACUAUGGCAGAAAAAGGAAGCCCGAGAAGACCAGCUGGGUGAUGCAUCAGUACCACCUCGGAACCAACGAAGAAGAGAAAGAAGGACAACUCGUUGUUUCCAAGGUUUUCUACCAGACGCAACCCAGACAAUGCGGUUCCAUUAACAAUAAUAAUAUCAUUAAAGAUAAUCCUUAUGAUCAUCAGAAAACGUCCAACGACCAAACGGGAAGUAAUGAUCGUGACACGUGCAGUGCAAUAAUACCUAAUAAGAGUGGAUCUGGUGUUUUAGACUACUACAGUUCUCCUUACAUGAGUUAUGACCAUGUGAUGGUGGGUCAUAAUAACAACGUUAGAGAAAGUUCACCUCAACUUAUUCCAAACUUGGUCGUCCAAGGUGAUCCCUCUUCUUUCUUUUCAUUUAGCCAUGGAUUGAAGCAAAGAAAGACAUGAGACCAAAGUGCAUUGGAAGAUCAGCUUCCUGCUAGAGCAGUGGUGUGGGUGUGCGCGCGCGCGCGGGUGUGUGUAUAGCACGUAGUGGAGAUAUAUAUUCUUUUGAAUCAUAUAUACAGUGCAUUAUUUUAGUGGAAGAACAUGAUAUGAACUCACCAGAAUUAGCAGUUCAACUAUAUCAAUUGCAGUAUCUGAAAUGCUUGUUUAAGAUUUUGUUUAAGGUAUAUUUAUGGUGAGCUAUGACAUAUUAUGUAUCUUAUAGUUUACUACAGAAGUGAUAUGAUAAUGGAUAGAAGUGAGUAUAGGUUUAAUUUUGUUAACUGACUUUAUUAUUUUUGUUAAAUAGAAGAUUUGCUUUGGUUUUGCAUUUU